AAUUCAUUAUCCUCUUUUUUUCAUUUCAUUGCAAAUAUAUGAAUCCUUAUGAUUUUAUUAAAUACUUAAAAUGACUGUUUGAGAAAGUUUGAUUGAAGUAUAUAGUGACAUACAUAGAUCUAAAUGCAAAUCUACCUUUGUCUACUGAUAGAAAGCCAGUUUAAACACAAGCAAACUUUUCAAACAAUUUGUAAUUCGAUUAAAUAUUUAACAUCUUUCGAAUACCAUCCAAGCAUUACAUAUUUUACAAUGAAAAGUUUGCCCGUUUAUAGCCUAUAAAUAUAUUUCGCUGUUCCCUAAAUAGUAUUGCAGAAGGUUAGGUUGAUAUCAGUUGAUCAUAUGUUAUUGUGAUACUUUGCGUAGGACAAAUGUACAUACACUGUGUAUUAAAAACUUUAAUCGAAUUAUGAGUUGUCCAAAUCUCGUUAGUAAAUUACUCAUGCCAAAAAUAAUAUGGCAUCAAACGGACGUAGCAGUUGUUAUACGUAUUUUACUCGAGGAUGUCGAUAAGUACUUUCUCCGAGUUAAAUGUGAUUAUUUAUUAUUUAGUACCACGCGAAACGAAAAAAGUUAUUAUGUUUGUUUAUACCUUUUUGGAACGGUGGUAGCAGAAAAAACUGUUCAUGUAAAUUUAGGAAGAGAAGUUAAAAUUACGCUUACAAAGGCGCAUAAAUGGACAGAAUGGUUAAGAUUGCAUCUCGAAAAAGAAAAAAAUCCGUUAAUAAGCGCAGAUAUGGAACGUUUGUAUAAAAAUAAUUGGCAUAAGAUUCCUGUAAUAGUAGAGAGGGAAAAUUUGGAAGAAUAUAAACGAAGCAAUAAUAUAACUCAUCUAAUGCCAGAUGUACCAUCUACAGAUGAAGAAGAGUCUGAUGAUGAUGCAAUGGACAUGUUAUUUCUUUAAUUUAUGUAGGUCUAGCAUUUGUUAUAUUUUCUUAGAAAAUUGAUUUUACAGAAACCGUAUCUUCUAAAUCAAAUAUUUUUUAUUGAAUCAUUUACAAAUUAGAUCCAUAUACAUACAUAUCAUUCAUACAACAACAUCUAACAACAUAUAUUCUAUACACAGGAAUUUGACUUCAUUAUUGUAAAUUGUGAUACCGGUUCAUCUAAUUACGCCUUAACAAUAUAAUACAUGUAAAAAUAACUUCACCAAAAAUAUUGACAUGUAAAUAUAAAAGUAGGUGCAAAUAGAUAAUAAAAAUUCUUCUUUUUUAUA